GCCUAGUGGUUAGAGUGUCCGCCCUGAGAUCGGUAGGUUGUGAGUUCAAACCCCGGCCGAGUCAUACCAAAGACUAUAAAAAUGGGACCCAUUACCUCCCUGCUUGGCACUCAGCAUCAAGGGUUGGAAUUGGGGGUUAAAUCACCAAAAAUGAUUCCCGGGCGCGGCAACCGCUGCUGCCCACUGCUCCCCUCACCUCCCAGGGGGUGAUCAAGGGUGAUGGGUCAAAUGCAGAGAAUAAUCUCGCCACACCUAGAGUGUGUGUGUGACAAUCAUUGGUACUUUAACUUUUUUAACUUUAAUUUGACUCAUUUCCAUGAAUUACUAGUUUAUAUGUAACUGUUUUUGUAUUGUUUUACUUUCUUUUUUGUUCAAGAAAAUGUUUUUAAUUUAUUUAUCUUAUUUUAUUUUAUUAUUUUUUUUUAAAAAGGACCUUAUCUUCACCAUACCUGGUUGUCCAAAUUAGGCAUAAUAAUGUGUUAAUUCCACGACAGUAUGUAUCGGUAUCGGUAAUUAAGAGUUGGACAAUAUCGGAUAUCGGCACAAAAGCCAUUAUCGGACAUCCCUAAUAAAUAUUCAAUAUUACUCCUUCCCUCAGCAAAUGAUUACCAGUGAUAUGAUGAAAUGAGUAUUUACAUAGUGACGUCAGCGUGCCGGGCAAAAAGGGGCGUGGCUACAGUCUGAAGGCGCGACUGACCCAGAAGGCGGCAGACCAGAAGACAAAAAGCACCCAAAGUAAACAUGGAGCCUGUCGAGAAGACGCUGUUGUUGUUGUUGGUGCUUGUUGUGCUGUGCGCGCCCACGGGCUGGACCCAAGCGAGGCACCGCGUGGACCCUCGCUUCGUGUCCGUCACCAUCGACGCCAGCCUCGCGCAGGACGAGCGCUUCAUGUACCUGCUCAGCUCUCCUAAAGUCCGCACGCUGACCAAAGCCUUGGCGCCCGCCUACGUGAGGUUCGGAGGAACCCGCCAGGACUUCAUGGAGUUCAGUCCUCAGCGGGACCUUGGAAUGGCCGUACCAAAGCGCAACUGGGCGGAGCUUCCUCAGUGGUGGGAGGAGCAUCUAAAAGCGCAAUGGCGUAAACAAGCGAAGCUGCUGGCCCAACAAGACAUGAAGAGGAUGUUCCCUCAAUUCGAGUUCACCGAGGUGACACUGGACCUGCUGCACGCCUUCGCCAACAACUCCGGACUGGAUCUCAUCUUUGGACUCAACGCGCUGCUGAGGAACGCCGACAACACGUGGAACAGCAGCAACGCUCGCUCGCUGCUCGACUACUGCCAGUCCAAACGCUACCGUGUGUCCUGGGAGCUCGGCAACGAACCAAACAGCUUUGAGAAGAAGGCGGGGAUUCGCGUGGACGGCGUCCAGCUUGGGGAGGACUUCGUUCGUCUCCGGGAGAUUAUGUCACAGUCAGCGUGGUACCGCCGCGCCGGACUCUACGGACCCGACGUGGGUCAACCCCGACACCGCACCGUCGACUUGUUGGACGGGUUCCUGAGGAACGGAUCCCACGCCGUGGACGCCUGCACCUGGCACCAUUACUACGUCAACGGGAGGGACACGUCGCUGGACGACUUCCUGGACCCAAAGAUCCUGGACUCCCUGGCGCCCCAGAUCAAACACGUCAUGAAGGAAGUGAGGCGCACGUCUCCGGGGAAGCCCGUGUGGCUGGGAGAGACAAGCUCCGCCUACGGGGGCGGGGCUGCGGGCCUGUCGGACACGUUCGCCGCGGGCUUCAUGUGGUUGGACAAAUUAGGACUGGCGGCUAAAAUGGGCGUGGCCGUGGUGAUGAGGCAGGUCUUGCUGGGUUCCGGAACCUACCACCUGCUGGACGACAACUUGGAUCCUCUUCCGGACUACUGGCUGACGCUCCUGCACAAGUCGCUGGUUGGACGCGGCGUUCUGAGCGCCGCCGUCUUCGCCGAGGCGAGCGGAAGCAGACGCGUACGUCUCUACCUGCAUUGCGGCGCCACGCGCAGAUACGCGGCGGGCGCGGUCACGCUCAUCGCCAUGAACCUGGGCAAGAUGGCCGCCCAGGUCGCCGUACCAACAUGGCUAGCGGCGAGUGGCGUGGACGCCUUUGUGCUUCAGUCGGAUGUAGAAGGCGAGGACGGCCUCCUGUCCAGGUCCGUGAUGCUGAACGGCGACCUUCUCAAGAUGGCGGAGGGCGGAACACUCCCGCCCCUUAGAGGCAGUCGUCUGCCAGCUGCAGAACAUCUUCAACUUCCUGCUUUCUCACUGGCCUUCUUUGUCUUCACGGACGCACGACACCACGCCUGCGCCGCGUGACCUCCACCUUCUCGUCGUGGUCACGUGACCUCAAGUAGUAGCUGUCACAUGCUUCUGUUAUGGUUUUCACUGCUCUAUUCUAUCUCGCAACAGGAGGCAGGUACGUUUUAUUUUCUAUUAAAGAAGGCAGACAUUUGUAUUGUCUAUUCUGCCUAGCAACAGGAGACGGACAUUUUUUAUUAUCCGUUCUGCCAAGCAACAGUAGGCUGAAUUUUGUGUUAUUUUACUAUUUUUGACUAGCAACAGAGGGGAGACAUUUUAUAUUUUAUAUUCUACCUAGCAACAAGAGGCAGCCAUUUUUUUUAUUUUCUAUUCAAGGAGGCGGGCAUUUUUAAUAUUUUAUUCUGCCUAGCAACAGGAGGCUGAACUUUUGUAUUAUACAAUUUGGGAUAACUUUCAGCCCCCCGUGACCGAGAGGGACAAGCGGUAGCAAAUGGACGGACGGAUGACUCGCGACAGAAGGCAGACAUUUCAUAUUCUUCCGAGCAAUAGAAGGCAGACAUUUUGUGUGCAUACUAGCAACAUGAGGCGGACAUUUUAUAUUUUCUUUUCUACCUCGCAAAAAGAGGAAGCCAUUUUUUAUUUUCUAUUCAGGUAGUUUUAUUGUCUAUUCUGCUUAGCAACUGGAGGCAGACCCUUUUUUAAAUUUCUUAAUCUACCUAGCAACAGUAGGCACACAUUUGUUUUGUAUUAUGACUAGCAACAGGACGCAGACAUUUCAUAUUUUAUAUUCUACCUAGCAACAAGAGGCGGAGAUUUUCUAUUUUCUUUUCUACCUCGCAAAAAGAAGAAGCCAUUUUUUAUUGUCUAUUCAGCUAGUUUUAUUGUCUAUUCUGCUUAGCAACUAGAGGCAGACCCUUUUUUAAAUUUCUUAAUCUACCUAGCAACAGUAGGCACACAUUUGUUUUGUAUUAUGACUAGCAACAGGACGCAGACAUUUCAUAUUUUAUAUUCUACCUAGCAACAAGAGGCAGAGAUUUUAUAUUUUCUUUUCUACCUCGCAAAAAGAAGAAGCCAUUUUUUAUUUUCCAUUCAGCUAGUUUUAUUGUCUAUUCUGCUUAGCAACUGGAGGCAGACCCUUUUUAAAAUGUCUUAUUCUACCUAGCAACAGUAGGCACACAUUUAUUUUGUAAUAUGACUAGCAACAGGACGCAGACAUUUCAUAUUUUAUAUUCUACCUAGCAACAAGAGGCGGAGAUGUUCUAUUUUCUUUUCUACCUCGCAAAAAGAGGAAGCCAUUUUUUAUUUUCCAUUCAGCUAGUUUUAUUGUCUAUUGUGCUUAGCAACUGGAGGCAGACACUUUUUUAAAUUUCUUAAUCUACCUAGCAACAGUAGGCACACAUUUGUUUUGUAUUAUGACUAGCAACAGGACGCAGACAUUUCAUAUUUUAUAUUCUACCUAGCAACAAGAGGCGGACAUUUUCUAUUUUCUUUUCUACCUCGCAAAAAGAGGAAGCCAUUUUUUAUUUUCCGUUCAGCUAGUUUUAUUGUCUAUUCUGCUUAGCAACUAGAGGCAGACCCUUUUUUAAAUUUCUUAAUCUACCUAGCAACAGUAGGCACACAUUUGUUUUGUAUUAUGACUAGCAACAGGACGCAGACAUUUCAUAUUUUAUAUUCUACCUAGCAACAAGAGGCGGAGAUGUUCUAUUUUCUUUUCUACCUCGCAAAAAGAGGAAGCCAUUUUUUAUUUUCCAUCCAGCUAGUUUUAUUGUCUAUUCUGCUUAGCAACUGGAGGCAGACCCUUUUUAAAAUGUCUUAUUCUACCUAGCAACAGUAGGCACACAUUUCUUUUGUAAUAUGACUAGCAACAGGACGCAGACAUUUCAUAUUUUAUAUUCUACCUAGCAACAAGAGGCGGAGAUUUUCUAUUUUCUUUUCUACCUCGCAAAAAGAGGAAGCCAUUUUUUAUUUUCCAUUCAGCUAGUUUUAUUGUCUAUUCUGCUUAGCAACUGGAGGCAGACCCUUUUUUAAAUUUCUUAAUCUACCUAGCAACAGUAGGCACACAUUUGUUUUGUAUUAUGACUAGCAACAGGACGCAGACAUUUCAUAUUUUAUAUUCUACCUAGCAACAAGAGGCGGAGAUUUUCUAUUUUCUUUUCUACCUCGCAAAAAGAGGAAGCCAUUUUUUAUUUUCCAUUCAGCUAGUUUUAUUGUCUAUUCUGCUUAGCAACUGGAGGCAGACCCUUUUUUAAAUUUCUUAUUCUACCUAGCAACAGUAAGCACACAUUUGUUUUGUAAUAUGACGAGCCACAGGACGCAGACAUUUCAGAUUUUAUAUUCUACCUAGCAACAAGAGGCGGAGAUUUUCUAUUUUCUUUUCUACCUCGCAAAAGGAGGAAGCCAUUUUUUAUUUUCCAUUCAGCUAGUUUUAUUGUCUAUUCUGCUUAGCAACUGGAGGCAGACCCUUUUUAAAAUGUCUUAUUCUACCUAGCAACAGUAGGCACACAUUUAGUUUGUAAUAUGACUAGCAACAGGACGCAGACAUUUCAGAUUUUAUAUUCUACCUAGCAACAAGAGGCGGAGAUUUUCUAUUUUCUUUUCUACCUCGCAAAAAGAGGAAGCCAUUUUUUAUUUUCCAUUCAGCUAGUUUUAUUGUCUAUUGUGCUUAGCAACUGGAGGCAGACCCUUUUUUAAAUUUCUUAUUCUACCUAGCAACAGUAGGCACACAUUUGUUUUGUAAUAUGACUAGCAACAGGACGCAGACAUUUCAUAUUUUAUAUUCUACCUAGCAACAAGAGGCGGACAUUUUCUAUUUUCUUUUCUACCUCGCAAAAAGAGGAAGCCAUUUUUUAUUUUCCAUUCAGCUAGUUUUAUUGUCUAUUCUGCUUAGCAACUGGAGGCAGACCCUUUUUAAAAUGUCUUAUUCUACCUAGCAACA